UCCUCUCCAAGGACUGUGAAUUCAAGCAAGUUACUGCUGACACUUAUACUGAAGAAGCAGUUCGCGAUGCCUUCAUCACCGGCCUUACCUCUCCUAACAUACGCCAACGCCUGCUAGAGAAGGAUUCGUUGACUCUUAGCGAAGCCAUACAACUCGCCAGAAGCCUCGACUCUGCCCAACGCAAUGCUGAAGAAUACUCGUCUCCUACUGUUCCAGGGAGUCUACCUACUGCUGCUCCCGUUAUCGCCACUACUGAUGCCGUCUCUGCUACGCCACUCAGCCCUACCUCGCAAACUUCUGCUGCUGCUGCUGCUGUUUCGAAGGUUGGAACGUGCUACUUCUGUGGAGGUAGGAGACACCUUCGGUCUCUUUGCCCUGCUCGUCAAUCUGAGUGUCGACAAUGUGGCAAGACGGGACACUUCGCCAAAGUCUGCAUGUCGCGAAAUGGUUGGAAAUCAAGAAGGAUCUCCUCUACUUCUGCUGCUGCGGCGCUGGCUUCGGAAUCACUCGCCCAACGCUGUGAUCACUGUGCUCAUAGUCCUGCAGAUGACUCUCCAGUACUGGCUUCUGUUAGUACUCCUCGAUGUUCCACCAUUCCUGAAAUCUUUUAACGGUCAUUCAUUACCAUCUUGGCUUACGUCGCCCGGACCAGUGUUGCUGCGGAAAUUCGUCCGCACCUCUAAAUCUGAUCCAUUAGUGGAAGAGGUCGACCUUGAGAGCGCGACACCUCAUUAUGCCCAUAUACGCUACCCGGACGGACGACAAUCUACGGUCUCCACUAAGGAUCUCGCUCCUACUCCAAGAGAUCCAAACCCAGUUCACGUGCCCUGUAGCAGGAGACCGCCGGAGUUACCAGUUCACGUACCAGUGACCCCACUUCUGAUGAGUGUACUACCGAUCAAGACUCUGGGAGGAUCAACUACCCUACGCCUGAUAACAAGGAGUCUAAGGGCAUCACAGAUGACUGUACAGCUGAAACUCUUCUGCCACCCUCACCUACUAGAGUCGAACCUUUGA